AUGUCUGAGAAGAAUGCGAUCACCAUUAUUAAUGGUGCUUACACCAUGGAGAAUGAGAUCGGACGGGGUUCGUUUGCCACCGUCUAUAAAGGUUACUAUACAGCUGAUAGGGCUCAACAUAUAGCUAUCAAGGCUGUUUCGCGAUCGAAGUUGAAGAACAAGAAAUUGCUGGAGAAUUUGGAGAUCGAGAUCGCAAUUUUGAAGAAGAUUAAACAUCCGCAUAUCGUGGGGCUCAUGGAUUGUGAGCGAACCUCGACGGAUUUUUACUUGGUUAUGGAAUUCUGUGCGUUGGGUGAUUUGACGUUCUUGAUAAGGAGACGUAAGGAGUUGAUGGAGAGUCAUCCGCUAUUAAAGACUGUUUUCGAAAGGUACCCUCCACCCAGCGAGCACCAUAACGGUUUACACCGUGCAUUUGUGAUAAGUUAUUUGCAACAGUUGGCUUCGGCGUUGAAAUUUUUGAGAUCAAAGAAUUUAGUUCAUAGGGAUAUCAAACCUCAAAAUCUCCUGUUAGCUACACCACUUGUCGGCUAUCAUGAUGCAAAGACUUUUCAUGAGUUUGGAUUUGUUGGGAUUUACAACCUGCCGAUCUUGAAGAUCGCUGAUUUCGGAUUUGCAAGAUUUUUACCCAAUACGUCGUUGGCUGAAACUUUGUGUGGUUCACCUCUUUAUAUGGCUCCAGAGAUUUUAAACUACCAAAAAUAUAAUGCUAAAGCUGAUUUGUGGUCUGUUGGGACAGUACUUUACGAAAUGGCAUGUGGGAAGCCACCUUUCAAAGCUUCCAAUCACUUGGAGUUGUUCAAGAAGAUCAAAAAGGCUAAUGAUACUAUCAUAUUCCCAGCUCAAUGCGUUGUGGAACCCGAGCUGAAGAAUUUGAUUUGCAGCUUGCUGACUUUUGAUCCAAAUAAUAGGAUCGGGUUUGCAGACUUUUUCGACAAUGAACUGGUUAACGAGGAUCUUUCAAAAUACGAAUUAGAUGAUGGAAUGCCUGAGUUGGAGACAAAAUCGAAGGACGUGGUCGAGAGCAACAUGUUUGUUUCCGAAUAUUUGACAAGGUCUGCAAAAAAACAACCAUAUUCCAAUGCAAAUACAAACACUAAGUUGGCAUUAAACACAAAUUUGAAACCUUUGACAACAGUAAGAGGUAUAGAAACUACGUCUCCAAUUAAAGAGAAAGAUGCCACAUCAUCGUUGAGUCCUACGUCUCCAACGGGACAUAGCCCAGCUCGUUCAAUCAAGAGGAACCCAUCAUUGGAUAAGACUAAAAGAACUGCAGAUUCUGGAUCAGAUCUGAUGUUGGAGAGGGAGUAUGUGGUGGUCGAGAAGAAAACUGUGGAGGUCAAUGCACUGGCAGAUGAAUUUGCACAAGCUGGUUCUGGUUCUGUAAUUUUGCAACCGAACCAACACCAGAUGCCCAAUGCGAACAGUACCCUGGCGGUAGCUAAUGCGGCUCAACAUUUGCAACAACAAUCUAAUCAAUUACUCAAGAAUAAGAAUGCACGUCAUUCGAGUGGAAGUAGUACAUCUCGCCGCCCUUCCCUGGUGGAUCGCCGAUUAUCCAUAACGUCUCUCAAUCCGUCUAACGCUCUUUCAAGGGCUCUAGGCAUUGCCUCAAGCAGGCUCUUUGGUGGCAACACCGCUGCGGUAUCCGAUCAGCAGCAACAGGUUUCAAAUGCAUCCUCGCCGAAUUAUAGAUCAUCAUUGUUGAACCCUAAGAUAUUCCAGGACCUAACCGAAAACAUCAUCUUACGUGUCGAACAUUUGCAAGAAGAGGAGCCCAAGAGUCUAGAUAGCAAUUCUAUCGUUCGGUUAUUAGAGACUCUCUCGGCAAAGGCUUUUGUCAUCUUCUCUUACGCGGAGGUGAAGUUUUCACAGAUUGUUCCCUUGAAGGAAGUCGGUUUUGAGAAAAGAUUAAGUAAUGGCAGCUGUGCCAUAGAAGAAGAAGAAGAACCGGAGGACGACGAUAAUAACAACGGUUUAAGACCAUUUUUAAGAAAUAGGAAUUCCUCCAGUUAUUCUCAAGCUAGUUCAACUAUUAAUGAUUUACCUGCAUCUGAGAUGCGUCACGUUUGCACUGAAGCUAUCAUUCUUUACAUGAAAUCCCUUUCCAUCUUGGCAAAAGCAAUGCAAAUAACAUCCAACUGGUGGUAUGAUCCACAGGAAAAGGUGUACUCCCUCCGCUUAAAUUUACUAGUCCAGUGGAUCAGAGAGAAAUUUAACGAGUGCCUGGAAAAGGCCGACUUUUUAAGACUGAAGCUAAACGAGUUGAAGAGCAAUGGUAUAGAAAGCUCCCAAAGAAAGGAACAAGUCAACAGUUGCUCGAAAACGGAUGCACAACAGGAAGAAUAUGAUUUUAACGGUGAUCUAGAAGAACCUGUCUACUUGGAAAAGAUCCUGUAUGAUCGCGCUUUGGAGAUAUCGAAGACAGCGGCCAAGUUGGAAAUGCAGGGCGAUCAUUUGAGCAAUUGUGAAUUGGCAUACGCAACUUCUUUAUGGAUGUUAGAGACUUUACUUGAUGAUACUAGUGGUGAAGACCUGUAUGGCGAAAUACAGGGACUCACAGUAGAUGUUUUGGACGAUCAGGACAAGAAGGUUAUUAGGAAAUAUAUAGACAGUAUUGCCAAUCGUCUGAAAGCGCUACGGGAAAAAAUCUAUCAAGGGUGA